UUGAAUUCAUUGCCUAGUUUAUAUGCGGAAUUCCUAGAAAUUCACGUUGGCGAUAAAAAAACAAACGUCGUUUAUCUUUAGUUAUCCUCAACUCACUAGUUAAACUUUUUAACCGGUCGCUGCUUAGAGCGACCCAGUUUAUUUUGGUUUUCUUGGAUAAUGCGCCGGUAAAACAUUUCCAAUGCAAGUGCAAAGACAUUUCAAUGGUCUGUCGCAGCACGACUAUGAGGACGGCGUGGAGUCGAAGUUCAGCCUAAUGUCUUCGAAGAUGAUGGAAACUCGUUAUUACGAGGGAUGCGGGCGGCAGGGCCCGAUCCGAUGUAUAUUUUUAGGCGAGUUCCAUCCCGUUGCCGGUCCUAAAAUAUCCUGCCAGUUCCCUGAAGAUUAUAUUUCGAAAGAGGUAUUUGAUUCAAUAAGUGCCUAUAUAAUUCCAAAACCACAGAUACAGAAGUGCACAAUGACAAUAAAUGCUUUGGGUCAUAAAAUUGUGGGUUAUCCAAUCCGCAUUGACAACUCCAGAUAUGAACGCAAUGUGUAUCUUUUCAACCUUUGUUUUGUUUGUGACAGCUGGUCCAAAACUGUCCAGUAUGAGCCCGUUGUCAAAAAACUUGGCGAGCACUUGACAAUAAUGGAAGAGGAAACUCGUUUUGUAUCAAAUGGCUGUACCAAAUUGCCAACACUUCUGGCCCACUUGUUGCAUGAUCUGAACACACACCGCAAAGCUACUUUAGUUGAGGGCGACACAGUGAUGCAUCUGAAAGUGUUGGAGGUACGCAAGGACCCCGCACCUGUGCACGACCACGAUGUACCAGUGUUGUUGGCGUCUGUGGGGUCCCCGCGGCCGGGACGGCCCCCGCGCCCGGUGAUCCCCGAGGGCACCGAGGACGGUCAGCAACAAAAUCAAGAACACCUGGACGUAGAGGAUGAGGAGCCUUUUGAAAUCGACAUGGAAGCUGACUGGGAUCUAACCACGAGACAGCUUCUUCCGUAUAUCAACGGUUACAACCACAUAUCCAAAAUCGCCGCCGACACCAACGUUGAGAAAACGCUCGUCAAAUCCUGCAUACAGAACUUAGUAUAUUACGGUGUGGUCACCCUGAUUCCAGUAUUAAAGUUUAGCAAUAUGUACCGCGCGACGACCAGCCUCAGCCGGCUGUUUAGCGACCAGGAGUUGCAGAAGUCGUGUCUAGCCUUUAUCACUAAAGGUUGUGACUUCAAGGAGAAGCCGAACAUGUCAGAAGUGCUGGAGAUGCUUUGCGCGCUGCAGCAAGGCACGACAUUGCGCGCGGUGUGCGAUCGGCACGCGAGCACGCCGCCCACGUUCGACAUACGCCAGCUGAUCGUGUUCGCGCAAGUGCACGGGCUCAUCAAGUGUCUCACCAGAUAUCCAGUGUACAUCCGCAACCCGCCACGCCCGAACGGCUUCAAGCACCGCAUCGACCCAGUGAUCGGCAUCCGCAGGCUGUUCACAGGGAGACAUUGCACCGACGAGAUCUGCUGCCUGGCCAGGAUCGACCUUCCGACCCUGGACCAGAUCAUAGAAGACGACCCCAAUGUUGCCAUCAUUUGGAGAUUCAGUCUGCCGUGUUUUAAUCGCAGCGUGCGCCCGCCCAACGAAACUGUCAACCGAAUUUUUUGAUUAGUGAGAAUUGGAGCUGUGAAUUGGUUUAAUGAAAUUGUUCGGGAAAUUGUCUUUUUAAGAAAAAAAAAACUUUUUUUUAAUUUUAUAUAGAAAUGGACAAUUUCAGACGAAAUUGUUUAUUGUCUAAACUAUUUAUUAAAGAGAGCGCUCGAAGCAGUAUUAUUUAGGAAGUUGAAGUACUUAUUUAAAUUUAGUAUUUAUUUUAGUACAAAGUAUAUUAUGAAUUGAAGUGCUGUAUAAAUGAUAAACAUUAAUAAUGUCACAUUCCUUUCACCUUUUUUUUCGCCUUUAGUAUGUGUGUGUCAUAGUUUGAAUCUCGCGUUUGUUUUGUUUGAUAAAAAAUAUGUAAUCUUGAUUUUCGUUGUAGUGUAUAAUAUCCGAUUUUUUUAAUAAGUGUUAUAAUGUAUUGUGGGGCACGAAUAUGUGUGAAUAUGUAUUCGUAUGGACAAUGUUGACAUUUAUGUAGGUCCCCUUUAUCAAAAUAACCUAAAUAUUUUUUUUUCUCAAUCAUCAAGUUCUGUCCUGUAAUCGAUCUCUCAUCAAUGUACUUGUUUUUGAUACGAUUAUACUCACAAAUAUUCAACCUACCACUUUUCUAUUAACCUUGUGAUUGCACAUCGCGUUCAUUGAAAUUUGCGCUGUAUCACAUUCAUUGAACACAUACUUUACAAAGAUAAAUUGUUAUCUGUUUACUGUCAGCUCUCAUGUUUUCAAUGUAAAGUAUGUUUUCAGAGGUUGCCUUAAAGUUCGUAUUUCAGUGAACGUUAUUUUGUCGGGUGGGAGCGGUGCACGCGGCUAUGACAAAUCAAAUAUGUGUAUAAAAGUAUAUUGAAACGAGACACCUGUAUGUACCCCGUGCUUCGCCCAGGUGGAGAUCGCAUGGGGUCUGGACUCAAUGUGAAUGUUAAAUAAUGUAAAACCUCUGACCCGAUUAGAAAAAGUUUACGAUCUAAACGGAUAAACGGAUUUUCUUGAAUCAUAAUAUUAGAUAAGAACAUUCGCGACAACACCUUCGUUAAAAAAUAAAACGUAACGUAUCUGUUCAUCUGCUUGUAAAUACGAACAAACAGACAUACAGAUUGAACUUGUAACAUAUCUCGAUUGCGUCGGAGGUUAGAUUUAUUGAAAGGACUGUUUUACCUGACGUAAAAAGGUGUGUGAGCCUACACCGAAGUGCGUUUUAUUUAUGUUUUUUAUAACUUAACAACAGACUGUAAUAUACUUAAACAUAUUAUUUCUAGAUGUACCUUAAUUGUAAUACCAAUGUCGUCAAAUGCAGUAUACAAUUCAUACACUAAAAUAUACCAUCCUAAAGCCUGUUGGGAGUUUUAUUUAAUAAAAAAUGUAAAUUUCCUCAAUGUCA